ACAUCUGAAGAGCGAGAUAUUUUACUAUCUGUUGGACAUUUAUUUCUGUUGCCUGUUGAUGAGCUGUGGAAAAAUGAAAUUUGGUUUGCAUCAUUCGAUAUUCCAAUCAUGAUGAAAAGCGGUCGGAUAAAGGUGUUCCCGAUGGAGCAAAGUCCAUCGAAUGAUUUUGUAAAGUUUUACAUUCACAAUGAAGUGCGUGCAGUUCACGGGUUACGUUUAACAAUGACAAUUUAUGGUGGUGUUGAAGUGAGCCUCCCUUAUGACAACGAGAAAUUUUUGUGGAGCUGGAACAACGGCCGUUUCUUGGACUGCCUCGGUAUGAGUAUACCCUAUGAAAUAACUGAAUCAGUUAUUCCGAAAAGAUUUGUGAAAUCUAUGAGCCAGUUUCGUGAUCUCGUUGAAAGCUAUGGAUCACAUUUGUUCCUUUUUGGUGGAACUCUACUCGGUCGGUUGCCAUUUCACUGUGUUAUAGAGCAUUUGAGAUUCUUGUUUCGUGCAAUAGAUUUGGUCUCUUUUGAUUUGCAAUACUUUGAGAGUGUUUUAACACAAAAAGAAUGA